AUGGCUCCCGCGAACACCCUCUCCGCCUGGUCUGACCUCCAGUCGCACCACUCCAAGGUCGGCAAGACCUUCGUCCUCAAGGAUGCCUUCAAGUCCGAUCCUGAGCGCUUCUCCAAGUUCGCUCGCACCUUCACCCUCCCCAGCGACAUCUCCAGCGAUAGCCCCAGUGAGACCGAUAUCCUCUUCGACUUCUCCAAGAACUUGGUAACCGAGGAGACCCUUGAGAAGCUCGUCAAUCUCGCCGAGGAAGCCGGCGUUGAGAAGAAGCGCGAUGCCAUGUUCGCUGGCGAGAAGAUCAACUUCACCGAGAACCGCGCCGUCUACCACGCCGCUCUGCGCAAUGUCUCCAACCAGGAGAUGAAGGUCGAUGGUGUUGAUGUCAUGAACACCAAGGGCGGUGUCAACGACGUUCUCGAGCACAUGAAGGAGUUCUCGGAGCAGGUGCGCAGCGGCGAGUGGAAGGGUUACACAGGCAAGAAGCUCACCAACAUCAUCAACGUUGGUAUCGGCGGUUCCGACUUGGGCCCCGUCAUGGUCACCGAGGCCCUCAAGCAUUAUGGCGCCAAGGACAUGACCCUUCACUUCGUCUCCAACAUUGACGGCACCCACAUGGCCGAGGCCCUCGCCGCCUCCGACCCCGAGACCACCCUCUUCCUCAUCGCCUCCAAGACCUUCACCACCGCCGAGACCACCACCAACGCCAACACCGCCAAGUCGUGGUUCCUCGAGAAGACUGGUGGUCAGGGCGAGAUCGCCAAGCACUUCGUUGCUCUCUCGACGAACGAGGCCGAGGUCACCAAGUUUGGCAUUGACGCCAAGAACAUGUUUGGCUUCGAGAGCUGGGUUGGUGGUCGCUACUCGGUUUGGUCCGCCAUCGGCUUGUCCGUCGCCCUCUACAUUGGCUUCGAGAACUUCCACAAGUUCCUCGCUGGUGCCCAUGCCAUGGACAACCACUUCCGCACCGCUCCUCUCAAGGAGAACAUCCCCGUGCUCGGCGGUCUUUUGAGCGUCUGGUACUCCAACUUCUACAACGCCCAGACUCACCUCGUUGCUCCCUUUGACCAGUACCUCCACCGCUUCCCUGCCUACCUCCAGCAGCUGUCGAUGGAGUCCAACGGCAAGACCAUCACCUCGGACGGUUCCGCGGCCAAGUACACCACCGGCCCCAUCCUCUUUGGCGAGCCCUGCACCAACGCCCAGCACUCCUUCUUCCAGCUCGUUCAUCAGGGCACCAAGCUGAUUCCCGCCGACUUCAUCCUCGCCGCCAAGUCUCACAACCCCAUCUCGGAUAACCUUCACCAGAAGAUGCUGGCGUCGAACUACCUCGCUCAGGCCGAGGCCCUCAUGGUCGGCAAGACCGCUGACGAGGUUCGCGCCGAGGGCAACGUGCCCGAGAACCUCGUUCCUCACAAGGUCUUCCUCGGCAACAGGCCCACCACCAGCAUCCUUGUCGGCGGCCACAUCGGUCCCGCCGAGCUGGGUGCCCUUAUUGUCUACUACGAGCACCUCACCUUCACUGAGGGUGCCAUCUGGGAUAUCAACCCGUUCGACCAGUGGGGUGUCGAGCUCGGCAAGGUGUUGGCCAAGAAGAUCCUCAAGGAGAUCGACGAGCCUGGUGCGGGCAGCGGGCAUGACGCUUCUACCGGCGGUCUGCUUGAUGCGUUCAAGAAGUAUGCUAACUUGUGA